AUGGGCGUGAGCGUCAUCGGCCAACUCCGGGAGCAGGUCUCACCCUCCCAGACGCUGCAGCUCCGAGCUGUGGUGCGGAACGAGGAAGAGGCCUCGCGCUUACGCCUUGACAUGUGCGGCGCUGUGCUCCGCAACGGGACGCUCUUCCCUCUGCUCGACCUCCAAAAGGACCUACAUAUCGAGCUCUGCGUCGUGCCGGACGAUGCGGACGAGCAACAGGCCCUCGGCAAGGCGUUUGAGGGAGUGGACGUGGCCGUGCUGCUGUCGGCGGCGCACGCCGACUUCAUCUCAGCCACCCCAGCGGCGGCGAAGCGGGACGAGGCGCUCCUAUCGGCGGGAGGCCUGGACGCCGAUGGCCAGCCAGACGAUGGCAUCGAGACCGGGAGGCAGUACAUGGCGCGCGCCUCGAGUGAGUACCUGGCAGCGGUCGCAGAGUCGGGAGGCUCGGGGGUGAACGUGCGAGUUCCGCCGGUUGCCGGCGCGGCGGCGAAUAGGCGGCUGGGCACCGAGGUGGCGGCCGCGGCGUCGGCCUCCGGCAUGCGCCACGUCGUCCUCCGAUCGUCGAUGGGGGUUGCGGCGCUGCGGGCGGUGAGCGAGCCGAGCGGAGGCGGGGAGGCGGUCGAUGGGGCAGCGGAGCUGGCAGAGGCUGUAACGCGGAUGGGCGGUCCGGCGGCCAUAGCUGCGCAGGCGGACGCCGAGGCCGCGCUCCGCACGCGCUGCGGCCAGCGAGGCGUCUCGUACACUGUACUGCGGCUUGGGGCGCUCGUCGACAGCUCUGGCGGCGUGCCCCUCGCGUUCGGCUCGGGCGACCGGCAGCUUCUCGAGCGCGCGCGGCUGGUCGUCGAGGUGGUGCGGGACGGCCUGCCCGAGCUCGCCGACGCGACGGUCGACGUCGCUUGGGACGACAAGUGGGGGAUGAGCUCGGCGGGCAGGGAGGAGCCGGCGCGCACCGCCAGCCGCCAGGCCCUCGUCCCGGCAGCCGCGCGCGCGUCGGUCUCGAUGUCGGCGGCCAGGGCCUGA